GACACUGGUCUUCUGUACCUAAUAAGUAGUUAGAAGUCCAGUCAACGAGUGCACUUGUAUUGAACAAGUAAUGUGGCCAGUGUGAACAGAUUGACCAGAGUGCCAAGUGUGAGCAGUGUGACCAGAUUGACGAUGCACAUCGCGGGGUUAACUUCGGUGGACGCUGUGGCGUUCAUGUUCAUCUACUUCACCUUCUUCCUGGACAAUGUUUUGCUGACUGUACUUGUGCCCAUAGUCCCGGAGGUGCUUGGGGUGGAUGACCUCACGCCGCCGCUCGACGCCUCCGCCGUCCUCACGCCCGCCAACGCUUCCCUCACGCAAUAUGAGGGAGAUGGUUCAGGAGCGGGCGCGCUAGCCGGGCUGGCUCUGGGCGCCAAGGCGGGGGCGCAGCUACUGCUGUCGGCGGCGGCGGGCGCGGCGGUGGCGCGGGGCGGCGCGCUGCCCGUGCUGCGGGCUGCUAGCGCCGGCCUGGCGGGCGCGGCUGUCGUGCUGUCGCUAGCGACGCACCCGGUGCUGCCGGCGGGCGCGGCGCUGGCGGCGCUGGUGCUGGGGCGCGCGCUGCAGGGCGCGGCGGCGGCGGGCGGCGGCGUGGCGGGGCUGGCGCUGGUCGCCGCGAGGGCGGGCGCGGGCGCGCACCGCGCUGUCGCCGUGUUGCUCGGGGCCACUGCGCUGGGGGUGCUGGUGGGGUACCCACUCGGCGGCGCCGCGUACAAGCUGUGGUCGCGCUCCGCGCCCUUCCAGCUCAUCAGCGCCGCCGCCGCCGUCAACUGCCUGCUGCAAUGUUUGCUGCUGAAUAAAGCUGAUUUUGAUCAUGCGGCGCGCGCGGGGGCGGGGGCAGUGUUCCUCGCCACGGCCGUCGUGGCCGCCCUCGAGCCCGCGCUGCCGCCCUGGCUCAUACACAAGUUCCAUCCGCAGCGCUGGGCCCGAGGCGCGGUGUUCGUGCCGGACUCGGUGGGCUACCUGGUGGCGACGGCGGUGGGCGCGCGGCUGGCGGGGGGCGGGGGGCCGGGGGGCGGGGGCGCGGGGGGCGGGGCGGCGGCGGCGGCCGUGGCGGGGCAGCUCGCUGUCGGGGCGGCCGCGCUCGCCGCGCCUUGUGUCACCGAUGUAUGGUGGCUGGCGCUGCCGCAGUUCACGCUGGGCGCGGGGCUGGGCGCGGCGGACGCGGCCCUGGUGCCCGCGCUGCUGGCGCGCCGCCCCGCCGCCGCGCCGCGCGCCGCCGCGCUGCUGCAGGCCGCUGCCGCUGCCGCCUACACUCAGGGUCCGAUCCUGGGCGGGCUGGUCUCCUACCUGCUGAGCUUCGAGACGCUGCUGCGGGCCAUGGGCGUCGCCAACCUAUUGUACGCCGUGUUCCUCUACCGCGCGCUGAAGAAGGAUCCGCUCACACAGUGUUCUGAUGAUGACGAGGAAGACGGCGAAGAUCUGCAGUUGUCUACAGUCGCGGUGGGGGACUACGACACCCUGCGCUAGUGGCUCCAUCUACGACGGACGCCUCCACGAUCGGAUUAGGGGCAGCAGGAUGGUCACUUUAGUUUUACGAACACGAUUAAAAUAGGAGCGAUACUGCGCUAACUACCACUCUAUCUCAUUGUGUAUUAGAUGUACCGAUGGCAUGACAUGAUUUAAAUACUGUCUAAUAAAAUUAAACUAAGUAUAAGCAGUAACGUUAAUGUUUGGUUUUCAUUCCCUUUACAAGCUAGACAUCCCUUAGUACUUAGUAGGUCACAGCAAACUUUGUUGCCGCCGCUGGGUAAAAUGUCGACGAAUCUUCAAUCGGUUAGGACCUGGUU